AUGUACACGAGAAAGGGGCUAGAAAGCAUCCUUGGUUUUGGAGCACCUGUUCGUGCUAAUAUGAGAAAUGAUAAACUCACUAACGCUUCAGUUGAAUGUAGUGAUCUUAUAGCUUAUGGACAGAUUCCGGAGUUUAUAGGACGUUUUCCCAUUUUACUUAGUUUAUCAGCUCUAACUGAGGACCAACUUAUUCAGAUUUGGUCGUUGGUUUUUUAUACGGGUUUGCGAAGGUUGAUUUCGUGCUCGUUCUUGUUACUGGAAGCUUUAGGAGCAAUGGCUAAUGUUUGUGAAUCCAUUACUGCAAUGUCCGCUUUAUCUAGUGUUUAUGCGAAAGACCUUCAUGUUAGACUAGCUUCUUUAAAUGUUGCAAAAUGCAUCCCAACUAUAUUCAGCCGAUCUGUUCCUCAAGAUGUAGAAAUUGCAACCAGCAUUUGGAUUGCCUUACAUGAUCCCGAAAAGUCGGUGGCUGAAGUGGCUGAGGACCUAUGGGAUCGUUAUGACCACGAAUUUGGGAGUGAUUAUUCUGGACUCUUUAGAGCUCUUUCUCAUGUGAAUUAUAAUGUUCGUGUGGCUGCUUCUGAUACAUUAGCUACUAUAUUAGAUGAGUACCGAGAUACAUUACAGGCUGAUACCAAUGCUGAUGUUCGAGGAAGGAUGAUUAAUGUUGGUAUCAUGAUCAUUGACAAACAUGGAAAAUAUAAUGUCUCACUUUUAUUUCCAAUAUUUGAAAAUUACUUAAACAAAAAGGGGACUGUUCGGGUUUUGGCAUUGAUAGUGAAGCUAUUUUCUACUUCAAAUGCAGUUGCAUCUUUAACUAAAGCUUUUGAGAAUCUUCUUGAUCGACAGUUAAUUGAGUUUACAGAUAGAGGACACAAUCAGUCUAUCGAGUUUCGUGCAGUGAAGCUUUUAAUUUCAUCAUUUGAACUUCAUCAAGGAUUCAAAUCAAAUCGCUUGUUACCACAUGCUAAGAAUGUUGCGGUUGGAACUUGGAAUGGCUUUUUGGUUGUUUCUCAAAUGACAAGGAUCCUUCCUAUCAACACGUUUUUGGAGCAUGAUCAGGAUGCUUGUUAG